UCCACCCCGCGUGGACUUCGGAAUUGGCCAAAGACGCCCAGUAGCCGCAGGCGGAGUGGUUUCCGCGGGGCGCGGAGCUCCAGCAGAGUCCCGAGGAUGCGUGCCCUGCCAGCCCUGGACGCGCCCCAGAACGAACGGCUGCGGAUCGAGGACCCCAAGGCCCCCCGGGUCCGGGACGCGGCUGUGCCGGCACGCAGGAGCGCAGUGGAGAGGCUGGCGGCCGACCGCGCCAAGUACGUGCGGGGCCCGCCGGGAGGCGGCCCGGGCCCUGCCCCCGAGCGCAGCAGCCCCAGGGCGAGCGAAGGGACUGCGGGCGACCCUCGGCCCCCGGCCCGCGUCCCUGGUGUCGUGGCGCGCAGGGCCAUAGCGCGGAAGCCUCUGAGGCCUGACUCGCUGGUCAUCUACCGGCAGAAAUGCGACUUUGUCCGCGGACAGGGCGCCAACAGCUCCAUGGGGGGCCUGGUGAAGAAGCUCUUCCAGGGUCCGGGCAAGGACAGGGCGCCGGUGCCUCCGGAGACGUCCCGGGUGGGAGAAGAGGUCAGGGCCAGGCCGGGGGAGGCUGUCCGGGCCGAGCCCGGCUCUGUGGCGGCCUCCGCGGCCCCCGGCGUCCUCUCACCCCCGGCGCCCCCCGCGCCCCCCGCGCCCCCCGCGCCCCUCGGAACGCCCACCAGAGUCCGGGCUGCGCCCCGGGGCCCGGAGCUGCGGGGGGCUAGGCGCGGGGCGCUGCAGCGCUCGCAGUCAGACCUCAGCUCCCGCUACUCCGCGUCCUUGGCGGAAUGUGACACCUUCUUCCAGUUCUGCGGCUUGGAGCCCGAGGUGGUGGAGGCUCUCGGGAGGGAGAACUUCUCCGCGGGGUCGGACCGCGUCACACUCAAGGUUCGCAGCGUUAGCGUCGCCACCUCCGACAGCGGCUUCUCCAGGAACAGCGGCGGCGAAGAGGGGCUGCAGGAGGAGGAGCUGACCGAGCAGGUGCCCAGCACCACCUCGGUCAUCGACAGGAACGCCCGCAUCAUCAAGUGGCUGUACACCUGUAAGAAAGCCCGGGAGACGCCCGGCCAGGGGCUGCAGGGCCCGGCGUGACCGCGCGCGGUCUUGGGAGACUUGGACCCCAGGAAGCAAGGCCUCCGGACUGUGGGGGCUCCUUGAAGUAUGUCAUGGAUGAUUGGGGACCCACAGCCAUCCUCACUGCCACAGGAUUUGACUAAUGAACCCAGGUGGCUGCAUGAUUGCUGUUUUCCCAGGAAUAAAGCAUCCCAUUGAAGAAGCUUACAUAAUUCAGAAGCUUUGAAAUGCUAUGGAGAUGAAGGGAACAUGGAACUUGGAAAUUAGCUGAACUGUAGGUGUGAAGACACAGCUGAAGCUCUGGGAAAUAUUUUCUUGCUUGAGGUACACCUUUCCUUGCUUCCAGAGGGCAGCAGAGAAGGGAAACUGCUUGGAAAUAUUUUCAGAGUCAUCUUUUUGACUGGCUUACUGACAAAGAAGUGCCAUGAUGAAUUUUAAUGAUAUCUAAAUUGAUUUUAAAAAGAAAAAAGGCAAAGAGUAUGAAAACCAAGCAUGAAUAUUAUAGUAUUUACUGCUUCCAAUCUGACUGGAUUGUUUGGCACCAAUUAAAUCAAAUUUCUGUAAUCAUGAGAAGGUGCAUUCUACUUAAAUACCAUGGCUAACAAAGAGCAAACACAGACAUGCUCACACUUACACCUCCAUUCUUGAGCAUCACUGCCGCUUAAACUGCAAAAAGCACUUUUAAAAUCAGUUGAGGACUACAAGGUCAUUUUAGUAAUGCCACUCCCAUUGGGUCAGAGACAUGUGAAUGUGCCAUUAAAAGAGAAGUUAGAAUUGAUACCGCUAAAAACUCUGGUUUUGAGAGCUGGCAGGAGAAUUGAGAACUUCCUUUCCUCAUGUCCAUGGCCACAUUCCUCCUAUGUACCAUGUAGAGCAUGCCUCCACAGGGCUCUGGUUCCCAACUGUCCAAAGUAGAGAGCCUCAGAUUACACAGAACACACCCUGCCCAUUUGUCUACUUCCCACCCCCAUGGAUCACAUAGUUAUCUCAGAUUUGGCACCAGCUCACCUUUCUCUGCAAAAGAUGUGUUUGAGAUAAGGGACAGGCUCUGGGCCCUUGGCAGACUCCAGAAUCAGAAUGCUGUCAUUAGGGAAUUACUGUGGCCCCAACCCACUCCUGACACCCAGGCUAAAUAUAUUUUAGAUUUAGAAUCUUUGGAGAGAAAUUUUGUAUCAAUGAUGACAACCCAAAGAAAAUUUGUAAUCCAGUUGACUCUUUCGAAGCUUAUUGUGUUUUAACAAAAUCUGUCUCUUCAGGAACAAAUUAUGGAGAAAAUUAUGGAGGGGAGAAAAAUGGGUUUCUGAAUGGUAGAACAUUUUAUAAACCAGUCCAUUUUGAUAUGUACAUGUACUUAUUUAAUAUAGUGUUUUAAUUUUGUAACUUUUACUGUGAGAAUUGGUCUCAGCACUACUUAAUAUUUAUUUUUACAGUUAUUGGUCUCCAAAUAGUUUUCCUUAAUAUCAUGGUUUUAAUUUUUAUCAGUAUAGCUUUAAAUCAUUUUCUCCUUGGUAUUGUUUUUAUGUAUGUUGUUUCAUUGAAUAUUCAACUUCUGACUGUAAGCAGAGUACUCACUACUCUAUAAAGUACUCAGUACUGUAGUGAUUUGUUUUCAGAUAAAUCCCACAUAUGCAUCUUAGGAGGGUCUUUUGGCCUAUGAAUGUACCUUUCUCAUUGUAGACUAUUCAAAGACAACAGAUUCCAUGCUUUAAGAAUUUCCUCCCAACUGUUCCUCUAAAAAUCCUGCUAUUUUGCUGUUGAAUGGAUUGUUGUUAGUUUAAAAAGAUAAUGUCAAAGAUGAGAGGAGUUUUUUUAAAGACUCUUUAUAUAUGCUCAGCUCCCUUAUUUGCAGGUGAUCCAUUAAUUGUACAUGUCAGUGCUUCAAGUAUAACUGUUCUGUGCUUUUCUUCUUUCAGAAUAGGAUGAACUGAAACCUCAAUCAUAUUUACCUUAGAUAAGAAUGGUGCCGAUUCACCAUCCAAAUAAUAGAUCAAAAAAUACAUGGACAAAUUGGUUGCAUUUAAAAGCUCCAAGAGCUUCCAGAAGCAUCUGUGCCUCAGUGGAGGUACAGGGAAAAAUUCAGCCCCGAGUGAAUUCAGAAGCUGAUCUCACAGGUGGGGGUGAAGAAGAGGAACAGUGUGGUCAAAAGAGGCCACUGACACUCCCUCCCCUCCAUUCAGGCUCUUGCCUGAGUGUCAGGUCCCAAGUGUGUGGGUGGAGGAGAGAAUUCCCUUCUUAACCCUGAAUUACCCUGGUCUGCUGAGAGACUUUAAGAAAACCACUUUGAAACUCAGUCUGAAUGCAAAGCUUAUUAUAUUGCUUUUCACAUGGAUAGCAAUAAUUACUAAUGCAAAAUAGUUUCCUUUGUUCAUGAAAGAAUAGCAUUUAAAAUAAUAUGAUUAAACACAAUGAAAACAAAUAAUUAUUGAUUAAGCAAAGAAAAUAGUUUGACAAUAUCCAUUUUACUAAUAUAUGGGUAUAGAUUAACAGUGGCCCUGACUGUAAGGUACUUAUGUAACUAUAAAGUUUCCUCAUAUAUAUGGUUUUUAAACUGCUGGUCAUGGACACUGAAGUAAAAAGAAGGCUUUAUUAAACAUUGCCCUUUUCAGUAGGUUCAAAGUUCAAUGCCAUGGUUACAGUUGGUGUUACCAUAAAACAUCAGGCCCAGGUGAUUGUUAUGGUGGUUUUUAAAAAGGUUUUUCUGUGGGGCGCCUGGGUGGCUUAGU